AUUGCCAAAUAUGCUCACGGUAUAUACACAUUGGCUAAGACAAACUUCCUUUAAAAAAGAGAGAGAUGUAUCUCUCAAAUCAUGCACUGCUGCUAUAUAUACCCAACCUCAUCACACCUUAAAGUUUCAAUCUUUAACACAAACCCGAAAAAGAAAAUGUCGUAUUCGUGUUCGAAAAACUUCCUAAGGCGCUUCUGCAUAGAGGAUUUCCACAUGACCACAGCUACUCAAAGCGGCUUCUUCAGCGACCUUAUUCCGUCCCUCGGCGCCAGAAUUAAUCGAGCCACUACACUCCGUAAAAACAUCGUUUCUCCGUUCAAUCCUCGCUAUAGGGCUUGGCAGGUGUUUCUGAUUGUGCUGGUGAUAUACUCGGCAUGGAUUUCUCCGUUUGAGUUUGCAUUCCUCUCUUACAAGCAAGAUGCUCUGUUUGUGAUUGACAACAUUGUCAACAGUUUCUUCGCUAUCGAUAUUGUUCUCACUUUCUUCGUCGCCUAUCUAGAUAGCCAAUCGUAUCUUCUCAUUGACGAUCCCAGAAAAAUAGCACUAAGGUAUAUAUCGACCUGGUUCGUUUUUGAUGUGUGCUCAACAGUGCCAUUUCAAUCUCUCAGCAUCCUCUUCACCGAUCACAAUGGCGGCCUCGGCUUUAAGUUGCUCAGCAUGCUUAGGCUUUGGCGUCUCAGACGAGUCAGCUCUCUUUUUGCAAGGCUCGAAAAGGACAUUCGAUUCAACUAUUUCUGGACUCGCUGCACAAAGCUCGUAUCUGUAACUCUGUUUGCGGUUCACAGUGCCGGUUGCUUCAACUAUAUGAUAGCGGACAGAUAUCCGGAUCCACUGAGAACAUGGAUAGGUGCCGUAUAUCCGAAUUUCAAACAGAUGAGCUUGUGGGACAGAUACGUCACUUCUAUGUAUUGGUCUAUUGUCACUCUAACAACCACAGGCUAUGGCGAUUUGCACGCGGAAAACCCUAGAGAGAUGCUCUUCGAUAUCUUCUACAUGCUAUUCAACCUCGGUUUAACAUCCUAUCUUAUCGGAAACAUGACUAAUCUUGUCGUUCACUGGACCAGUCGUACACGAAACUUCAGAGAAUCAGUGCAAGCGGCUUCGGAAUUUGCGAAGAAGAACCAGUUGCCACCUAGGAUUCAAGAUCAGCUUCUGUCGCAUAUAUGUCUGAAAUUCAAAGCAGAGGGACUGAAGCAGCAAGAGACAUUGAAUGGGCUUCCCAAGGCGAUUCGUUCGAGUAUUUCGCAUUACCUGUUUUACCCUGUUGUUCAAAAUGUCGGUCUCUUUCGUGGCGUUUCUCAGGAUUUCCUUUUCCAACUGGUACCGGAAAUGGAAGCUGAGUACUACCCUCCGAAAGAAGACGUCAUUCUAGAAAAUGAGGCUCCUACAGAUGCAUAUAUACUAGUUUCAGGAGCUGUGGAUUUUGUAACGAAGAUCAACGGACAUGAUCAAGUAGUGGGAAAAGCUUGUGCAGGAGAUAUUUUCGGAGAUAUCGGAGUUUUAUGCCGAAAGCCUCAGCCGUUUGGUGUUCGAACGACUGAAGUUUCUCAAAUACUACGUCUUAACAAGACCACAUUUCUCAAUACUCUCCAAGCAAGCCCAGAAGAUGAACGCAUCGUUAUGGACAACAUGUUUAUGAAAAUGAAAGCGUGUGGAAGUUUCGAAGUGGAGGGCCCACAGGAUCCAAGUCCGAUCCUCAAAAGUUGGUCCGAUCAAGAUAUUCCGAAUUCUGGAUUUAAAACAAGGAACCAAACAGGGAAUUGUGAAAUUGAUGUGAACUCGUCAUUUGCUGAGGAUGGGCAAACAGCUCUUCACGUUGCCGUUCGAGAGGGGCAUCUUGAUGUCGUUCGACUUUUGCUGGAAAAAGGAGCAAAUAUUAACAAACCAGACGAGAGAGGCUGGACGCCAAAGUCACUAGCAGAAAAACAUGCACAAAAGGACAUAUAUGACCUUAUCAUCUCGAACAGUAAAAAUGAAAAGAAAUUCGUCCCUCCAAAUUGCGUAGAAACAGUAAAAUCGGAGACGAAGAAGAGAGUCACCAUUCACAUGAAGCCUCAAACGAAAAACCAUUCAAAAAAGCAGCUUUCGAAGCUGAUAAUCCUACCUGAAUCUUUACAAGAACUACUCACCAUAGCAGGUCAGAAAUUUGGAGAUGGAAGUCUUACAGGUGUAGUAAAUUCAGAGAAUGCAGAGAUAGACGACUUAAGCGUCGUACGAGAUGGCGAUCAUUUGUUUCUUCUGUCAAACCAUUAUUACGACAGCAGACAGUAUGAUUCGAGCUAACAAAUAUCGAAGACCACAAUUACGACAUUCAUAGGAUUAGGGCAAAUUCAAAAUCAAUAGUACACUCAUACAUUCAAUGUAAUAACACGAAAAAUUGGUAUUACCAAUUACAUGGUUUGUCUUACAAACCCGCUGAAGGGGUAAAGCUGUAUAUAACUGUAAAAAUAGAACUCCGACGGGAUUUUUGACAAUCUAUUGUCUUUUUAACUC